GUGCUCACUAGCUACGUUGACGCUAUCGCUAACAACCUGUAUUCUGUUUCUGGACGGAGCCAUGAGUGCGUCAUCAUCUGCUACUCCUUCCGCCGCGCAGGUCCGCUCUCUGUUCCGUUCCCUCCAACGUGUCGCGCGCAACUUCCCCGAUUACAACAUCAGGGAAUACGUCAAACGACGCACCGUCGAUGCGUUUCGUGAAAACGCCACCCUCUCCGACCCUUCUUCCAUUUCCUCUGCCUUUUCCCACGGCGAGUCUCAGCUCGCCCUCCUCAAAAGACAAGCCCUCGUCUACUCUCUCUACACCCCUUCGCUUCGCAGCGUCAUGGAACUCCAACAACCCCCCUUCUAGUCGCGGUUCUGUGUAUGACGACUCUGUUGAGAAGAGGACAAAUCGGAAAUGUGUGUUUCUUUACUCUGCUUUCGAUUGUCGGGGAACUGGCAAUGUUUCUUCUGUAUUUCACAACACGUAUUUUACUUUUUUUUGUAGAGAAAAUAAGGGAUGUUAAAAUACUAGUGUGUAUAUCAUCACUUAGUAUAUACCCCACUCGAUUCUUCAGCUGAAAACUAAAUGUGCUUCACAUUCUUUUUCAUCAUUCUUUUUCAAUUACAAAAGUUCAUUUUGGAUUA